CAUUCAUCUUCAGCACACGUCUAGCGAUUUGUUCCUAGGAGUCCUGAGACCGACUCGAGACAGCCAUGAGGAUUCUGUGGACCUGCCUCCUGGCUCUCCUCCUCGCUGGCAUCGGCCUGCUUCAGGUUGUGGCUGGAAAGGACUGCGAGAACAACGAGUAUUGCAACAGGAAAAAUGGAAGUUGUUACUGGAAGGACGAGGAGUCCUGCAACGGCUCCUCCUUCAGCUAUGGCUGUUCGGAGAAAGGCUGCGCCUGUUGCGUCACUGAUGAGACGGUGUGCAUCGAGAAGAACUUCUGCGCCAAGAGGAACGGAACUUGCAUCCCGAAGGACGAGAGCUGCAACGGCGAGGUCCUCCUGGAGGGCUGCCACACGGACGGCUGCCACUGCUGUGUGGAGAAUCCAGUGAACAUUACCGUCGAAUGCGAACCAAAAGAUUGCUCGGAUUAUAACGGGACCUGCUUCGAGAGAGGGAAAGUGCCCUGCAAUGGAACAAUCUACAGCAGGGGCUGCAAAGACGUUUUCUGCGCCUGCUGCGUCCCAGACACAAGCAUCUGUAUUGCAAAACCUGCGUGUAACGGCGAGUGCAAGAAGAUCAGUGAAGGUUGUGCCGGCACGGUGAUAGAGAACGCUUGCCACGGAACUGACUGUCAGUGCUGCGUCGAGGACGACGACGAUGACUAGGAAGCAGAGAAAGCAGACGAGGCGACACUAGAACAUCCUGCCUAAAAGACUCUCCACUGCCUGCACACGAAGUCGAAGCACCACGGGGUAUCAUCAUAAGGAAUUCACAGAGCACAAAAUAAAUUUAAUUUCUCUAUCACGAAAUGCCGUCUGUCAGGAAACCUUUGGACAAUAAACAACACACUGUUAUUUUAGAAUUAUCUGUUCUUCACAUUCGCUUAUGAGGAAUAAAGGAUUAUUUAACAAGAACA